AUGUCAGUAUAUGACCCACUGGGGCUUUUGAGCCAUUACACUAUAACAGCAAAGGUCCAGCUACAAAAUAUAUGGGCCAAAAAGCUGGACUGGGACUCGCCACUGCCAGAAGAGGAUAAGUGCGACUUCGAGGUUUGGCUGCGAGCCCUAAACAGUGUCGCGAAACUUAGGAUACCAAGAUGCUAUCUUUCAACGGGGGCAGUGGCGAGAAGGGAAUUACACGUCUUCGUAGACGCCAGCACAAAAGCAUAUGCAUGCGUGGCAUACUGGCGAGUGACCUCAAACGACGGGGAUGCCCAAGUGAGUCUAAUCGCAGCAAAAAGUAAGGUUGGGCCAACGAGGCAACUCAGUAUACCACGCAUGGAGCUACAGUCGGCGCUCAUCGGAUCAAGGCUCCAGCAAGUUAUCCGAGAGGAGCAUCGCCUAAUACCAGAUCAAGUCGUCAUGUGGACGGACUCAAAGACUGUGCUGCAUUGGGUCCGCAACGACGCAAAACGGUACAGCGCCUAUGUGGCUAACCGCUUAGGUAAGAUAGCGGAGCUGACAAUACCGAAACAGUGGCGCUGGGUUCCCACGAAAGAAAACCCGGCGGACGAAGCUACCCGCCCGGACAAGGAUCGGCAAGUGACCUUCGAAAGCCGAUGGUAUCAAGGACCAGACUUUCUUAAGCGCCCAGAGGAAGAAUGGCCACAGGAGAAGAUAAAAGAAGACAUUGAAGAAGUUCUUCCCGAGUAUGAAGAAGUUGUCUGCGCUGCCCAGGAAGAGCCAAGGGUCAACAAAGAGCCGAUUCCAGACGUCGAGCGAUUCUCAAACUUCAAUCGUUUGUUGAACGCCACGGCACGAGUUUUUCAAUUUAUCGAUUGUCUUAGGAGUCGACAACGACAGCCGCUACAAGUCAUACAUAGGAAAAAGGCGGAGCAUCUACUUUUUCAGUAUGCUCAACGCACAAGCUUUCCUGAGGAGUAUCGGAUUCUGGCUAAGGACGAGCCCGUCAGCCGCAAGAGUCGACUGCACGAUUUGGACCCAGUAUUAAGCCCAGACGGACUAAUACGCAUGCGAGGACGGCUCAAUGCAGCGCCAGGGUUAGAAAAGCAGCCUAUCAUCCUGGACGGAAAACAUCAAAUAGUAAGAUUACUGAUUGAACGCGCGCAUAAGGAAGCUGGACAUGCAAAUAACGAACGGGUUGUGAAUGAUCUACGGCAGCUCUACUGGAUCAUUCACCUACGGCCAACGGUGCGCAUGGUGGCUGGCAAGUGUCGCCUGUGUGUAUUGAGGAAAGCGCAACCGAAGGUACCAGCGAUGGGAGAUUUACCGCUGGCUAGGAUCGAGCCGUACAAGAGGCCGUUUACGAACACGGCAGUGGAUUUAUUUGGACCGUUAACAGUGACCAUCGGCCGAAGGCAUGAAAAAAGAUGGGUCGCAUUGUUUACGUGCCUAACGACGCGAGCCGUACAUCUAGAGGUCGUCCAUAGUCUCUCAACGGACUCGGCGAUUAUGGCUCUUAGGCGACUAGCAGCGCGACGAGGAUGGCCCGCAGUCAUCUAUAGCGACAAUGCGACGAACUUCAGAGGAGCAGACGUCGAACUACGCAACGCAUACAAAGAGUGGUUGCCAGCGCUUCGAGAGUUCGGCGUACAGCAUAACGUCACAUGGAGGUUUAUUCCACCUGGUGCACCUAACCAAGGCGGAGCUUGGGAACGAUUAGUACGCUCCGUAAAGAACGCCCUGACAGCAACGCUGCACACAAAGGCACCCAAAGAAGAAUUGUUGCUGACCGUACUGGCAGAGGCGGAGAACACUGUAAACGCACGACCACUAACCCACGUUUCGGUAGACCCAAGGGACGAGGAGGCAUUGACACCGGCUCAUUUCCUCCUAGGAGGCUCAACAGGAGUUCCAUCGACCGGACCGUGCGAGGAAGCAGAUCGCAGGACUUGGCGGGCCAGUCAAGCUUUGGCCGAUCACUUCUGGCGAAGAUGGAUACGAGAGUACCUACCAACACUCGCACCGCGUCAAUCAUCGGACAAAGGGGUCAGGCCGAUCCAGAAGGGCGACUACGUAAUAAUAGUGGACGGAAACCUGCCGCGCAACGUUUGGCCACGCGGCAUCGUCACCAAGGUGUACCCAGGACCGGAUGGUGGAAUACGAUCGGCUGACGUCCAAACCCGAGGCGGCAUGUUCCGGAGACCCGUCACAAAGUUGGCUGUCCUACCGUUGCAACAGGAGCAGCCGCAGUAG